CUUCGGAUGAAGCUAUACGACCGCUAGUGGAACGAUUUGUUGCAAGUGGCUACACCAACCCGGAAAUCAUUUCUUGUCUUCGAGAACAAAAUUUCAAUAUAUCAUACGUUGCAUCCAGUCAAUCAUGCUUGUACUGGGGUGGAUCCUUGGUUGGGAUGGCGUAUACGUUUGUUGAUGAGAUGCUGAAAACUGGUAAAGUGAGCCAGGAUGUUGUGGAUCUUAUACCACAUCUUCGUGUUGUUCGUGCUGCGCUGGCUAUCCCCGAUGGUCUUGAUGGCAGCCUCGAUGCUAUCUAUCUUGUAGAGGAGAAGAUCCACGGCAGAUUCAUCAAGUAUAUCAAUAACAAUUCCGCUGUUGCUGCUGACAGCCUUCAUGGCCGAGAAGUAGUCAUUGGACUAUUCCUAUGCUUCGUACAGCAUGUCCAAUAUCAGCUUACCAAUUCAAUGGUUUACCUCUCGGAUUUCCAAGGUGCUGGUGAUCUUCUCACCGAUUGUCAAGUGAUUACAGCGAUUUUGCGAACAAUUUCGGUGAUGGGAACUGCACUAUAGUGUUUGACAACUUCAAGUCAGAGCACAAGUGUAACA